UCUUUAUUCUUGGAAAACGUCGGUCUUUUGAGAGCUGAAAAAUUAUUUUCCACAAUAGUAUAUCUGGAUCUUACAAAACCAAUUUCAGAUGAAAACAUCACAGUGACUGACACUGCCUUUAGGGACACUCCAGUACGUUUGUACUUGCCAAAAAAAAAGUCAAAAAGACAGAGACCAGCUGUAAUUUUCCUUCAUGGUGGUGGCUUUGUCCUGGGAAGUUGCAAGACUUCGGCUAACGACUUCCUGAAUAGAUGGAUGGCAAACAAACUUGAUGCUGUUGUUGUGGGAGUGGAAUAUAGACUAGCUCCUCAAUACCAAUACCCCAUUCCCUAUGAAGAUGCUGUUUCUGCAAUCAAGUUCUUUCUACAAGACAAGAUUCUUGAAAAAUAUGGAGUGGAUCCCACCCGAAUCUGUAUCUUGGGUGAAAGUUCUGGGGGUUUGAUGGCAGCAUCAGUGACUCAACUGCUACAGAAUGAUCCAGACUUCAAAAAUAAAAUUAAGGCACAAGUUUUAAUUUACCCUAGCUUACAGAUAAUUGAUUCCUUCACGCCGUCUCAACGAGAAUAUGAACAUAAUCCAAUUCUGCCAAGGGAUAUGACAAUUAAAAUUGGAUGCUUGUAUUUCACUAAAGAUCAAGCACUGCCCCAGGCAGUGAGGAAAAACCAACAUAUGCCUCAAGGAUCAAGACAUCUGUUCAAGUUUGUCAACUGGAGUUCCUUCCUUCCUGAGAAGUAUAAAAAGAACCAUGUUUAUACUGAACCAAUUCUUGGAAGACUUAAUAAAUCAUAUCCAGGACUUACGGAUAGUAGAUUAUCACCCUUGUUAGUCAAUGAUUCCCAGUUACAAAAGUUGCCAUUAACUUAUAUCCUCACCUGUCAACAUGAUAUCUUGAGAGACGAUGGACUUAUAUAUGUCACACGACUUCGAAAUGUUGGAGUUAAACUUACUCAUGAUCAUAUAGAGAAUGGAAUCCAUGGAGCUCUGACAUUCAUAGCAUCACCAUUUUAUUUACAUCAAGGUUUUAGAAUAAGAGAUAAGUAUGUUAGUUGGUUAGAAGAAAAUCUAUAA